AUGCGUCUCGCGGCGUGGCUCGUGUAUCUCGCAUGGCUUGCGGCGGCUGUAUGCGCGCAGCAGUGUGUGCGCGUGCGCGUGCAGCAUCCGUGGUACAAUAGCUCGGCGGCACGCUCGGCGCCGAUGCUCGAGAUGCUCGAAUCAGCGCGUGCGGUAUGGACAGACGACUAUUUCUCGCUGCUCUCGAUGCUGUGGUCUGAAAAUGGCAUCCACACGCAGCUGCACGUCGCGUAUGACGAUGCGCCUCCUGCGGCACUGUACACCGCAAUUGAGGCGCUGCUUGUCUACCACACGCGCAGUACAGACGUGUUUGCCGAGGCGCAUUUGGACGAAUGGCGCGCAAACAUUGCGCUGCACUCCCAAGCGGCCAUGGUGGCGGCGCAGUACCAGCUGUACGAAAGCAUGCGCCUUGCAGCCCACGCUCCAGGUUGCCGCUCGUGGGUGCACUGGCAGAAAAAGGCGUACUGCUCUGCAGCGCAGCUCCGCGCCGCCGUCUUGCACGAUUUGGCACAUGGAGCGUGGGCUGCGUCCAACGUGUACCCCGACGACGCCGUGUAUGCUCCGCGCAUUUUCUCAGAGCACGCACCGGUGGUCGUGCUGUAUGCGGACCCGUACGCGCCGGAGAAUGGGGCGAUGCACGCGGCGCUCAUGCAGCUUGCCAAGGAUGCGCCACUGCGGUACGUGCUGCGAUGGAAGCCAUCUUACGGGCGCACAGGUGAGCUUGCGCAUGCCUAUAUUGGCGGCUACGGCAUCGCGCUGCACCUGAAGAAGGUUGACUACCUUGUCAUUGACGACCGCGCGGUCGGCGCCGCAGCCGAGCCCAUGUUUGACGCAGCGUCCGAGGCAUCCGUCCGCAAUGCGCAGCGCACCUUUACUUCCGUGCAAGACGAAUUGUACGCUGGAAGUGCGCAGCGUGCAAGCGUCGCGGAAGCCGUCGCCGCACAGGCAGACAUCCCCCAAGAGUACGUUGCGAUCCUUGGCUUUGCCGUCUCGCACCUCGUCCUGACCUCGACCGAUCCACUCGAAACGCUCGAGGAACUUACACGCAACUUUCCUGCGCAUGCAGCCGGCCUUGUGCACUACGUAGACCGCAUGCCCGUCCCAAACCCUAUCCUCGACACGCUGGCCGGAGAACAGGCGCAAGCAGGCAUGUGCGCCGUGUGGAUCAAUGGCAAAGAAGUGGACACGCAUGCUUUUACGCCCCUCGGCAUCCUUCCCCAGCUGCACGCCGAGCGCAGCUUGCUGCGCAUGUUCGCCGGGCCCGAACUUGGCAUCAGCCCUUCCGACGCAUCUGCUCUCCUCACCGACAAGCACCUUACCCGCGCAUUCCUCGGCCACGAAGCGGCUUUGUUCGACGCGAGCGAUCGGGUCGAGUCGCGCGACGCGCCGCUGGUUGCGUGGAUAAACGAUUUGGAGGCGUACGCGGACGUGUGGUACACAAACUUGAACGUGCUCCUGCAGCCGCGCUUUCCGGGCCAGCCGCUGAUGCUUGCAAGCAACUUCUUCAACCUCCUCGUCCUGCCCGACCUCGGCCUCCCCACCGCGUUUCGCGUCUUGGCUGGAUUGGUCCAUGCACAAGCGGACCCGUUGGGCCUCCACAUCGGCGUCAUGCCGCUGGUGCAAACCCAGCGCGAUGAGACGCUUGCGGCGGUGCUUUGGGCGGCGAUCGAGCGGCUUCCCGCGCCCGCGCUCGGCACACUGCUUGAUGAGUAUGCGGAGCGUACUGCACCGCUGGAUCCGAGCGAAGCGCGCGCUGCACUUCGCGAAAUGCUCGAGGUGUAUUCUGUAGCGCUCGACGAAGAGGACCAUGCAUUUUUCCGCCACGGCACGCUUCCUGCCGCGACAGCGCAUCGCAUUGCGAUGGCGCGUGCCUACAUGGCGCGCUUGCACAUUAUUCCCCAGGGUCUGGGCGCCGCGUUUAUGAACGGCCAGGCUAUACCGCUCGACCGGCGCGUGCUGCAAACAGCACUGGGUCUGCAGGUCGAGCAGACGCGCCUCGCUGCCGAAGCAAUUAUGCGCGGCGAAAUUUCGAAAGAGCAGGCGCCGACUUACUUUUACGACCUGCCCACGACGCGCAAGUCGCGGUCCAAACUUGUAUCAGCGAUGGAAGAAGACGCACAUACAUACAUCAACCUUCCCCACGUAUUCAGCGCACUGCGCAACCAAGAUGCAGCCGACACCUCUUCGCAAGACACCGAACUGAACGCCCUGCGCGAUUUCGUUUACUCGGGCGCCGCAGCGCCCAACGUGACUGUUCGCGUAGUGGCAGAUUUCGACGCGCCGCAAGGCACGGCGCUCUUGCAACGCGUCCUUGCGGCUGCGGUGCACGCCAGCGUGCCUUUUCGCGUCGGCACAGUGCACAUUCCCACGAAACCGGUGCACAGCGCCUCUCUUUCCCACUUUUUGUACUGCGCACAGUCGCAGCGCGCAUUGCAAAAAAUGCCCGCGCACGAACUCUUGCACGCACUGGAGCGUGCAGGCGGCCUGGAUGCCCUAAUAGAGAGCUACGGCAUUGCCAAGACUCCCGCCGCGCACGCCGACGUGUUUUGGCAGCGCGCCGCAAAGCAGUUUGUCCAAAACGGCGUGGACGUUCGCCAAGGGCCGUCACUUGUAAUCAAUGGCCUCGCACUCAACAACCUCGAUCCUGCUUCGUUGGACGCUGCAGCGCUAAAUGCAGGGAUUGCAUGGGAGGCCACACAACAUGCAGCGCCGGUGGUACAAGCAGCGCCGAUCGAGUGCGACGCGCACUCGCAAAACGUAGAGCUCCUUGCGUCGCUGCUUGGCACUGCCUUUGCGACACCGGAAGCAGCACAUGGGAACUUUGCGCAAGCGCCGCCGGCGCGUAUUAAUUUGACCGGCAUCCAGUCGCAGAACCCCGCUGCAUUUUCUAUUGGCGACGCUGGCGCGACCGUGCAUGUCACCUUGCUUUUAGAUCCCCUUGCGGACGACGCGCCUGGUCUGGUUAGCACAGCACAAAUGCUCGCUUCACUGCACGAUACACUGGUGACUAUUGUCCUGAACCCAGCUCACACAGCCUCGCUCCCUCUCCAAAAGUUUUCGCAGUUUACCGCCCAACCGAGACCUGCGUUUGACUCGCACGGCGCACUGGUACCGACGGGCAUUGACAUGCACAAUCUACCGCCCAGCGCCGUGCUUACCAUGGAACUGCUUGCUCCGCGCAGCCUUGUCGCCAUGCCGGAUGCGGCGGUGUACGAUCUAGACAAUCUGCGACUCGCGGACUUGUCCACGGACCGUGUAGAAGUGGUGUACGGCGUGAAGAGCAUCCUCGUCGAAGGGUACACUAGCAGCGGUAUCGCGCGUGUUCCUCGCGGCCUUGCACUGGUGCUUCAUGCAGAGGAUGGCCAGGCGCUCGACACGAUUGUGAUGGAGAAUUUGGGCUACUUUCAGUUCCGUGCACAGCCUGGUGUAUGGCGUAUGGACAUUCAUGCGGGGCGUAGCAAAGAUGUGUAUACCAUGACCAGUACUGGGACGCACAGCAGCGAGCAAGGCCUCAGCGUGGCACAUCUCCUUGGCAAGACGCUUUAUCCCACGUUUGCCAAGCGCGCAGGCAUGGAAAAUGCUGAUUUGGUGACGAGCUUGGAUGUGGAAAAUAGCGGCGCUUGGACGGCCUUUUUGCAGCGCAUCAAGCACGCUGCAACAUCGGCGUGGCAGCGUACGUUGCCGGCUACGACGCCGCAUGCCUCGAUUAAUAUCUUUACCCUUGCGAGUGGCCACCUCUACGAGCGCAUGACCUACAUCAUGAUUCUCUCUGUCUUGCGGCAUACCAAGAGCACGGUCAAGUUUUGGUUCGUGGAAAACUUUUUAUCACCGUCGUUUAAGCGCUUUAUUCCGCACCUCGCCGCUGCCUACCACUUUGAGUAUCAGCUUAUUACCUAUGCCUGGCCGGAAUGGCUCAACAAGCAGACGGAAAAGCAGCGCAUCAUCUGGGCGUACAAGAUUUUGUUUCUUGACGUGCUCUUUCCUUUGGACCUCGACCGCGUCAUUUUUGUGGAUGCGGACCAAAUUGUGCGCACCGACUUGCAGGCGCUGGUCGAUAUGGAUUUGCAGGGUGCGCCGUAUGCGUAUCCGCCGAUGGGCGAAGACAGCGAGGAUAUGGAUGGAUUCCGGUUCUGGCGCCAGGGCUACUGGAAAAACUUUUUGCGCGGUAGGCCCUACCAUAUCUCUGCGCUCUAUGUCGUCGACCUGAAACGCUUCCGUGCGGUAGCGGCAGGAGAUAUUCUGCGGAAAAAGUACCAGAUGCUGAGCAUGGACAAGAACAACUUGGCCAACUUGGAUCAGGACUUGCCGAAUAAUUUGCAGACUGUGCUCCCGAUCCAUACUCUGGACAAGACAUGGCUAUGGUGCGAGACGUGGUGCUCCAAUGACUGGCUUCCGCUGGCGAAAACAAUCGACUUGUGCAGCAAUCCAAAGACCAAGGAGCCCAAACUAGACCGUGCGCGCCGCCAAAUCCCAGAGUGGAAUGCACUCGACGAGGAGGUGGCUGCGCUUGCCAAGUCCGUUGCGGAGGGCGGCCAAGCGUUGGUACAUGAUGAGCUGUAG